AUGCCAUCCAAUUUUCUAGAGCUACAAGACACAACAGGAAUAAUGGUGAGAGGAAGAUUCGCAAGAAAACUAAAACUCGCUACAACCAUAACCAACUUGAAGAAACAAGGCCUAGUUCUGCAAAAAAGGUUUCCAACCCCAUAUGAUGAUUACAAAGAAAACAAAAACAACCUAUCUGAGCUAGUGGUUGAGGAUGGUAAUCAUUUUGAGGAGGAAGAAGCCACCGUAGGGUCCAAAGAGAUCACACAACUUUUGGAAGAAAAGUUAUUAGUGGCUGCUACUAUCAAGAUGGCAUCAUGCAACAAUGAAUACCCAUCUCUCAGUGAUUUCAAAGAGUUAUGUCCUCCCGGGGGGAACCACUCAAUCAUUCUCUACACAACAAGCUUGAGAGGGAUAAGGAAAACGUUUCAGGACUGUAACACGAUCCGUUUCUUGUUGAGGAGCUUCAAAAUAAUGUACCAUGAGAGGGAUGUUUCUCUGCACUUGGAGUUCAGGGAGGAGUUGUGGAAAAUCUUGGGAGGGAAAGUGAUUCCUCCAAAGCUUUUCAUCAAGGGAAGGUUCAUUGGAGGAGCUGAUGAAGUGGUCGGGUUGCAUGAGAUGGGGUGGCUUGGGAAGUUUCUAGAAGGAACACCAACUCACUCUAGUGAUUCUCCUUGCACUGGCUGCGCCAACAUGAGAUUCGCUAUUUGUUCCUACUGUUGUGGAAGUUGCAAAGUGUUCACUGGCAACAGAGACAACAACGAUGAAUGCUUCGUUAGAUGUUCUGAGUGCAACGAGAAUGGCCUUGUCAAAUGCCCCGUUUGCAGCUAG